AUUUUUGACGUGAAACUUUGCGUGCACGCUUCUGUCAAAAUCAUAUUCAAUCUUUUUUUUCAUUUAGGUUACAGUUUUUACGUACACGUAUCGAGUGUUUGAUAUUAGAAUUGAAAUCUGAGUAUGGCUAUCGAAAAGGAACGAAAAAAACUGUGUGUUUGAUUAUUUCAUUUUUUAUAUUCGUUUUUUGACACCGGAGAUUCUAACGUCGAUCGGUGAAAUUCUAAUACAGGUAAUUCUAUUACAGGCGAUCUUUUUGCGUCACUUUUUCGAAGGAAUUCCGUAAUGCUGGAGAUAAGAUUUUUCUGUGAAUUUAUCGAUGGUAUCGGAAGUGCGUUGAGUACAGUUAGUUUGUGAUGGCGUUGACCAUUAAUCAUAGCAAAUUCAAGAUGGCGCUUCUUCAAAUUUUUCACGUUAUGUAAUUAUGUUUGCUUGAUAACGUAAUCCCGGCGAAAAGAUAAGUACAACUAUUCUUUAUCAAUUGAUUUAAGUUUCCAUAACGAAAUCUAUUUCGACGAAAUACUUUCGCAGAAGACGAUAGUAAGAUGUCAGCAAGUGUUCUCAAACAUAAUUGUACAUUACCGAAUUAGUGUCAAAUACACAAACUAGCACUACGCGUGGUAAGUUUAUUUUUGCCGCGUUAAACGAUAAGACACGUUCAUAGAAUACAGUAGACAUAAUUUACUGACAAAUCACGUUUUUUCAGUUGUGUCACCUUUGUGUCAAGCAUGCGAUGUAAUCGAAGAAGCUAAAGGACGAGUGAAACGACGAACUGUCGGUGUUUGCCUUGCUUUUACUGCUCGCGUAAAGGUAAACGAUUCGAGCAGCGAGCGUGUACACGAGGGAAAACAAAUAACCAGCGAUUAUCCGUAUUUUUCGACAUAAUACUCAUCGACGAAACCCACACGUGAUCCGAAUCGUCGAGAUACGUAUUUGGUUAGGAAAAAACUUUGAUCAAAGCGUGCGACGCUUUCCGCGAACUCGAUAAACUUCGAAUUCACGCGUUCAGGCAGAUAAGAUUCCGUUCAGUCCGAUAUUGUUCGUCGAAUUCUCGUUUAAAGUACAACCUCAAUAUUUCGACUGCCCAUGACGUUAAAUCAAUAAUAUCUAUCGAACGAAGUGACAGGUCCCAAUAAAACUGGAAGAUAAAGCCGCGAACAAAUUCGCUGUGUCCGAUAUCGCCUAAAAUUGCUGUUCUUACUCCUCGUUGAUCCCCUCCUCCGGCUUAAUCUUUAUUAUCCUCGUUAUCGUCUUCGCGUUUUUUUUCUGCUCGCGUUUCCAAACGACUUCUGCACGGCUAUUCUCUGUAUCCUUCUCUUUCGUUUUUACUUUCUCAAUGUUGUUUCAGGUUAUCAAUCCGGACUCCUCGGAAGCCGCUCUCGUUAUCCAGUUUCGAAUGGUUCUCCGCUGCAUCGUCCAUGAUUUGGUCAUCGACGAACACGACGUUCACUCCUGGCUCGCGGCCGUCGCCGCUGACUCGCAUUCUGGGAAUUCGAGUAUGCGUUUAACGAGGUCCACGAUUUUUAUGGGGAUUAUGGGCGUUUGAGGAUGGAGUUUUGAAUUGGAUGUGGUGACAUGGGGGACAUUUGAAGACAUGGGAGAUCUAUUUGUAUUCUAACUGGAGAGCUAUUUGUAUCUUAACUGGAGACAUAUUUGUGAGAACUUAGCAGCACAGGAGUUUGGAGAUGUAGGAGUUUAAGGACCUGAGAACUUGGGAAAACAGGAGUUUGGAGACGCAUGAGUGUAAGGACCUGAGAACUUAGGGACACAGGGGUUUGGUGACGCAUGAGUUUGAGGACCAUGAGAAACAUGAGUUUGAGGACCCGACAACUUAGGAACACAGCAGUUUGCAGACAUAGGGGUUAGUGGUCCUAAGAACUUGAGAACACAGAUGUUUGAAGUAGGAGUUUGAGGACUUAAGAACACAGGUACUUGCAAAUAUUGAAAUCUGAAGAUCUACAAAAAUGAGAAUCCAGGGAUUUGACAGAAUCUAGAAGGGAUUUAGAAAUGAGGACAUCUAGAAAGAGGAUCAGAAUUCAGACAAGAUCCUUGGCAUCACAAGUAUGACGUCCGAAGAUCUACAGACAAGAAUCCUCUGACUCAGUGAUCAAAGAAUGUGGCAAAUCAAACUCACGCAACGACUCCUUUUCCCCAAAUACCAGCACCAUCAAGGGUUUCACCACUGGCAUUGUAAUUGGUACGGAUAGCAAUAUUAUCCCAAAGAAGACUGACGUUCGCUGUUGCAUUUCAACGAGUGGAUGAAUCGUCGCAUACCGGGAUGAGGCAUCAAAGCGUCAGCCAUCGGAUCACAAAAGCAUCACAUCAGAUCACAAAAGCGUCAGCCAUCGGAUCACAAUGAAGAAUGUCAUCGAGAGAUUGCGAACUGAACUCUGGGAAAAGAUAUUAGAAAAGUAGGAAAAGGGAAGAAACGAAGAGAAUUAGAGAACGGAAGAGGGAAUAAGAGGUGAAAGAGGGGAAGGACUAGGGUGAGCGAGAAGGAGGCUGAGCGGAGAGGGUUAGAGUGGGGUGAAACCGAGAGGGGAUGCCAGGCCAGUUCACCCUUACUAGCUACGGCUCGACUCGUCAGUGCGGCCUGAACGGUUAACCGGCCUAUUUGUUUUUCGCACGGUUGUUUCGAGUUACGUUUCGUUCCAAGUUGCGUCUUAGCCUCCGUCUGGCAAGCUGCGUUCCUCGACGGAACAGAGACUUUCCAUUGUUGUCCUGGAUGCGACAGGAAUAAACAGCCCGGAGAAGUACACCCAGUGCUCCCUCGGAUAUUCCCGAGCGAUGAUCCGUGAACUGGGAAUGUAGGAAGGGCGGAUCUGCCCCUCUGCAGGAACGAAGAAAGGGCUUCCGUGUUCAAGUACUUCCACGAAUAUCUUCAACCUUCGAAAUCGACACUGAGAAAAGAUGUUCAGGCCAAGAAACCGAAGUUCCUUGACGAAGCUGGAGGCGCUGUUGGUGCUAAGUUUGGUGCUGAUGUUGGACUCGUGCUGUUGUUCCCUGAGCCACAGGAGCAGACACCACGCGGACGCGUCGCGCGAGGACGCGAAGAGCUUCAGAUCGAGCGAGGAGUUGCCGAGAGCAGCGGCCCUGGCAUCGAGCGACGAUCCGCUGAUAGUUGAGACGAGAAAGGGCAAGGUCAAGGGUAUGACCAUGACUGCCACCACGGGAAAGGAGGUCGACGCCUGGCUCGGUAUCCCUUACGCGCAGAAACCUCUCGGACCCCUGAGGUUCCGGCAUCCGAGGCCGGCGGAACGCUGGUCGGGGAUUCUGAACGCCACCGCGCUGCCGAAUAGUUGCGUGCAGAUUCUGGACACCGUGUUCGGCGACUUUCCAGGCGCGACCAUGUGGAAUCCGAACACGCCGCUCAGCGAGGAUUGCCUGAACUUUAUAAAUACACUCGUUUCAAAGUUACGUGUCGAUCGUAUAUGUUUCCAGGAAAAGAUGUUCAGGCCAAGAAACCGAAGUUCCUUGACGAAGCUGGAGGCGCUGUUGGUGCUAAGUUUGGUGCUGAUGUUGGACUCGUGCUGUUGUUCCCUGAGCCACAGGAGCAGACACCACGCGGACGCGUCGCGCGAGGACGCGAAGAGCUUCAGAUCGAGCGAGGAGUUGCCGAGAGCAGCGGCCCUGGCAUCGAGCGACGAUCCGCUGAUAGUUGAGACGAGAAAGGGCAAGGUCAAGGGUAUGACCAUGACUGCCACCACGGGAAAGGAGGUCGACGCCUGGCUCGGUAUCCCUUACGCGCAGAAACCUCUCGGACCCCUGAGGUUCCGGCAUCCGAGGCCGGCGGAACGCUGGUCGGGGAUUCUGAACGCCACCGCGCUGCCGAAUAGUUGCGUGCAGAUUCUGGACACCGUGUUCGGCGACUUUCCAGGCGCGACCAUGUGGAAUCCGAACACGCCGCUCAGCGAGGAUUGCCUUUACGUGAACGUGGUCGCGCCACGACCCAGGCCUACCAAUGCCGCUGUUAUGGUAUGGAUAUUCGGUGGUGGUUUCUACUCCGGCUCGGCGACCCUGGACGUCUACGACCACAAAACCCUGGUGUCCGAGGAGAAGGUGAUCCUAGUGUCCAUGCAGUACCGAGUAGCCAGCCUGGGCUUCCUGUACUUCGGUACGUCGGACGUUCCCGGUAACGCGGGUCUGUUCGAUCAGAUGAUGGCCCUGCAGUGGGUGCGCGACAAUAUCGGUGCCUUCGGCGGAAACCCCGACAACGUGACCCUGUUCGGAGAGAGCGCUGGCGCCGUUUCCGUUUCCAUGCACCUACUCUCGCCUCUGUCAAGGCACCUGUUCAGCCAAGCGAUCAUGCAGUCCGGCUCCCCGACGGCGCCCUGGGCGAUCAUCUCGCGCGAGGAGUCCAUCGUCCGCGGGAUCCGCCUGGCGGAAGCGGUCGGUUGUCCACACGACCGGGAUAAUUUGCAAGAAGUAAUCGACUGUCUGCUGGUGAAGGACCCAGUGGAGCUGGUGAAGAACGAGUGGGGCACUCUCGGCAUCUGCGAGUUCCCCUUCGUGCCCGUCAUCGACGGCGCCUUCCUCGACGAGACGCCACAGCGAUCUUUGGCCACCUCCUCCUUCAAGAAGGCCAACAUCAUGAUGGGCUCCAACACCGAGGAGGGCUUCUACUUCAUCAUCUACUAUCUGACCGAGCUGUUCCGCAUCGAUGGCACCGAGGACGUGAAGGUCAGCAGGGAACAGUUCGUCAGCGCCGUGUCUGAACUGAAUCCCUAUGUGAACCAGAUCGGGAGGCACGCUAUUAUUUAUGAGUACACCGACUGGCUGCGUCCCGAUGAUCCACAUGUGAAUCGAGACGCGCUUGAUAAGAUUGUCGGCGAUUACCAGUUCACUUGCAACGUGAACGAGUUCGCGGGGCGGUACGCCGAUACUGGGAACACUGUCUACAUGUACUACUACAAGCACAGAUCGGCGAACAAUCCCUGGCCGAGGUGGACCGGAGUGAUGCAUGCGGACGAGAUCAGCUACAUCUUCGGGGAGCCGUUGGAUCCGUCGAAGGGCUACACGCAGGAGGAGGCGAACCUGUCGAGGAGGAUGAUGAGAUACUGGGCAAACUUUGCGAAGACGGGGGACCCGAACAUCGGCGACGUGGAGUCAUGGACACAACCUUACUGGCCACCGCACACUGCCGCGACCAAGGAGUACCUCACGCUGGACACGAACAGCUCCGAAAUCGGCAACGGGCCUAGGGUGAAACAGUGCACCUUCUGGAAGAAGUACCUUCCCCAACUGCUAGCCGCCACGUCGAAACUGGAGCUGGGCGCGAAGGAGACGUGCAGCGGCAUCAGCGUGAACGACGGGGGUCACUUGCUGCUGGUGCUGAGCCUGGCGGUGCUCGGGACGCUGUUCACCCAGAGGCUCGCGCUCCAGGUGGACUCGGACGGCGCCCCUCGAAUCUUCGACGCCCGAGGUUUCGUCUAGCUCGGUCAGCCAGCAGUCCGCGGACCGUCCUCGACCGUCGAGGAUGCCGAGAUCGGCCGACGGUCUUUCGAAGGAUGUUAACGAGUCAACGAUACCUCUGACGACGGGAGACGAGACACAGACAUAUCAAUGAGCUCGAUCGACCGAACGCUGGUCGAGUUUUCGCUUCGUUGGUGAGAUCGUACCGACCCUUCCGACGGGGAACGCUCUAGAAACUCUACCGAUCGAGGAUCUCCUAGAACCGACGCGUCGCCGGGAAGUGCCGUUUCCUUUUCCUUCUCCCUCUUCUCGCUCUUUCCUCCUCACGGAGUCCGCGAAUCUGCAGUUCGAUCCGACCCUCGGAAUUUCUGCCGAUCUCGCGAAAAUAAAACCCGUCGGGCUAUGUGGGUCAUCGGUUAUUUUACGACGUUAUCGGGAAAUUUGAUAACCGAAGGUCGGCUCCGAACUGACCCGCGAACGCGUUGCGUCGGUUUUUCGAGCUUUCGAUUCGGAGACGAUCGUCUUCGAUUAAUCUCUUAGGAUGCCUCUGUGCGACCACCGAAUGUCAUCGUAGCUCUACUGGCUCAGUUUGAUCUUCAUUUUCGCACCUUUUUGCCUUCACGUUUUAUAAGAGCCACAAAAGUACAUUACGUGUAAAUAAAAGGUAACCGAGGCACCAUAUAGCAUAUUGCACAUUUUGUGAGUUUUCUAAAAAAUUAUCAAGGUUUGGAAUAUAAUCAUGAAAAACAUUUCAAUAAGUUGUACUGGCAUUGUAGCAUAAUUUUGGCGUGCAGAGCAGCCUAAGAGGUUAAAAAGGAAAAGACAGUUUCGAGGUUACGACUUCGAUAUGUUCGAAGAAUAAAACGCCGUAAAAUUUUACGACGCGACGGCGAAUGCAGAGCUCGUCUCGAUCGAAAUUAAACGACCAGGACGCGUCCAGGUGCGCCACUGCAUCGAAGGUGCAUUCCUACGUGCAUCCCAUCCCAUCGGAUCCCAUGCGCUCUAUUUUCUCGCGGCUCCGGGCGACAUCGAUUUUACACCAGAAUACGCUUCUAUUCUUCCAGCCGAAGGUCGAGCCUUAACGUUCCACCGUCUUUCUCGAACGUUUCCUGUCCGUAAGAAUUCGCCACCCUGACCAGAUUUUAAUCGACGAGUUCUCGUCUCCGUCGCUCCGAGACUCUCGAACGCAACGCGGACCCGCGACGGACCAACCUAACGAUUCGAGAAUCGAACGCGGACUCCGUGGAUCUCGAAGCUCCGGGGUAGAUCCGUGAUCGAACGCAGAAAACGUGGAUCAAGGAUCUCCUCGUCGCGUUUCGUUCUUCCGUUUUUCGCUCCGGCAGCCUUUCUAUCGAUUGUAACGCGAACGCGAAAAGAGGAAGCGUGCGCGAACGCAGGCUACGCUCGAUCAAGAUUAAACGCAAAAUUAUUUAUAAGAUAAACUAUUACUGUAAGUAGAAUGAGACAUCGCGUGCGUACGCGUGUACGCGCGUACUUUCAGCGUGUACAUAUAUAUAAUAUUAUGCAAAGUGUAUGAUAUGUAUAGGUAUACAUAUGCGAUGCAUCGUCAAAAGUUCACCGCGUAAAAUCAAUCCGUCGGAUGCUCUCUCUUUCCCGCUCCUCGUUUCGAACUAAUCGCUUUUCUUUUUAUUUCGUACGCCUUUCGUGUCCCAAAUCUUCGAAUAAGUUAAUCUCCAAUUGCAGUCGAUCUGCCUUCGUCGGUAAAUGGGCCCAGCUGCGUCGGUAACAGAGUCUAAAAAUAUUUCUUCAUUUGUAAAGCCUUUCGUGUUCCAAAUCUUUAGUUCAAGAUUUCCUACCUUUGAGUACCGCAGUCAAUUUGCCUUUAUUCGUAAAUGGGCCCUGCUGCGUCGAUAACCGAGGCUAAAAAUAUUUCUUCUUUUGUAAAGCGUCUCGUGUUCCAAAUCUUUGAUUACUUCAAAAUUUCCUACCUUCAAGUACCGCAGUCAAUUCUCCUUCGUUGGUAAAUGGGUCUAGUUGUGUCGGUAAAUGAAUCUAAAAAUAUUUCUUCUUUUGUAAAGCGUUUCGUGUCCCAUAUCUUUGACUACUUCAA